CCAGCCGUCUUCCGUAUCGAGGAACUAGAAAUCCUGGACGUGUCAGACAACCCUGUGGGCUCGAUACCGGUGAACAUCGCGAGUCUGGCUAACCUGAAGGAGAUGAGAGUGGCAGGUUGUCCCAUCACAGAGGUCAGCGGUACCAUUCAAGAGUGCAAAUAUCUGAGCAAAGUUGACUUUUCAAGAAAUCCGCUGAUGGCCACAGUAACUCUUCCAGCGACAAUGACGCGGCUGAGGUACCUUGAAUACGUUGCUUUGUGCAGUUGCAGCCUCACGUCCCUCCCCAACAAUCUUACUCUCCUGCCCACAGUUGAAACCAUUGAUCUGUCCAAAAACGCGCUGUCCACACUACCGGCUGACAUGUCGGGACUGAAGCGGCUUAAAGUCCUGAUCCUCACCGAUAACGCCUUUGAAAGCAUUCCCGAUUCCAUCACGUCACUCGGUCGUCUUGACUGCUUGGAGAUGAAACGCAAUAAACUUAACAACCGACGGGGAGACCUGUGGCUGAAUGUUCCUCCGAAGCUGAAGAUCUUGGAUAUGGAAGACAACUGCUCCUUGUUCCUGUUGCCAGACGGAUUGGAACAGCUGGAAUAUAUUGAGGAACUCAAUCUCAGCUACUGUGGCAUCGAGACACUACCCGAGUCUCUUGGGCAGGUAUCAUCAUUAAAGACAAUCCAUCUUGCUGGUAACAAACUUUGCACGCUUCUUGACAGCUUCGGGCGGCUGCUCAAUCUGGAAACCCUUGAUUUGGAGGGAAACCGUCGGCUUUCCAGCUUGCCACCUUCGCUUCACCGCUUGAGGGAGCUAAAAGACAAAGCUAUGGGCAAAAACACGGGCCUCGUCCUUAGCAACACUCCGGCACUACAAGUUCCAGAUCACAAAAUUGUCAGAGAAGGUGUAGUCUCCGUACGGACCGACCUGUUGGCAGAGGACUGCUUCAACCACGUGACCGUCACCAUAGCAACGGAGGUUAUUGACGACACAAUCAUUGAAAAUCUGUCAGACGACAUUGUCACUAUCGUUGAAGGGGGGUUACCCGAUGAUCUGAUGAUGUGCAUGGCAGACGUUGCAGUCUCAGAAGAAGAAUUCACAGGAGAGAUUUUCAAGUCCAUCCUGUUUGAGCUUGUGAGGGAAUUCAGCAAGGAAACCGUCGACGACGAAGAAAACGCCAUCUUAGAUGCAAAGGCACGCCCGGUGAUGGAAGAGCUUCUGGAGGAAAUCAUCACGGCAACAGCAAAGUCAGUCGUCUUGGAACAGGAGGAAGAGUGGCGCCUGGGGCAAACUGUUCCAGAACAAUACGACAAGCCCGUCAGCUUUGGAAUUUCAGCAGCCUCAGCCACGGUGCAGUCAUUGGACCUCCUGGCUAGCUGCAACUUGAGCAUCCCUCCGGCAGCGACAGAAGAAGAUACAUCUGUCAUUUCAGCAGUGCUGAACCCGCACGGGUACGACAGAACGCUCAAACUAGACGAAAACGAGCUACUUGUUGAAAUGAGACCAUCGGGGAUGACGUUCUCUAAGCCCGUAAAGCUGAAGAUCGCCCAUUCCUUACCCAAGUUCGACAAGGAACGGGAGUACGUUAUGAUGACGUCAGAGGACGAUGGAGUGACGUGGAAGGCUCUGGAGACACUAAGCUGUCAAGAGAAAGGUCAAGCCUACGUCAUAGUGGAGGUAGCGCACUUCUCUUCGUUUGCCGUUGUGGCGCGAAUGUCUGAGCGCUGCCACAAAGUAAGGAAAGGUGAAGCAUCAGAACUGAAGUCUUCGAAACAGACAGGAAUUAAGAUAUCCCUUCCACAGGACUGCGUCCCCUCUGAGGAGGAUAUAUCGUUUAAGGUAAUCCCGGUUGAUACGGAAACCCUCACCUGUGCUGGAAUGGAAGACAAUGGGAUGGAAGGCAUCAAUGGAAUGAGCCACAUCGUCAGGUUCAUAAAAGGCAACAAACUGCUUCUCAACAGCCCUGCCACCAUCGUCCUGCCGCUGUCGCCUGGUGAAGAAGACAGUCGAGUCCGCGUCCUCAGCUGUAAUGAGGACGGUGAUUGGGAAGAUGUCACCAGUAAAGUGGAGGAUGUCAUUCUGGAGGAGUCAAAGGUGGCUUUCAAGACAGACCGGCUCAGUUCUGGCUUCACAGUUCUUCGAUGCGACAAAAUCAUCGAUCCUAACAAAAUCGUCGCCUUGGUAGCCAAGAACACCCGGACUAGACGGGUUAGAGCUGUCAUCUUCAAGAAGUGGAAGGAGCCCCGGGAGGAGGGAGUCAUGACCGCCCGGAUGGAGUGUGUUCUGGAGGAAUUGGUUGAAGAUCGCAUCUGUCGCAUGGUAACAAAGGAGGGAUAUGAGCGCCAGGAAGGGACGCCAACUCCCACGAUGAGCAUGAUGGAAGGAGAGACGUUCUGUGCCAUCUUCAUGGGCAGCAUUCGUCCAAACGUGGAAGCAACUAAUAGCUACUACGGAGUCAACUUCAACUUUUAUUGCAACAGGCCACGCAUUAGAGAGUUCGACGUGACUCUUGUGGACAAGGGAAAGGGCGCUACAUCCAGGGUAAUGCUUUACCCCGGACGAAAGGAAAUAUAUCAUCCUCCACGUGGUCCGGGGCAAGGAGAAGCGAAACCUCUCGCGACAGCCCAAAUAACCCCACCCACCAAUGUGUGUUCAUCAGAUAACACAACACUGGGGCCCAAAAUGGAUCGCACUCGAAGACCAAGAUCAUCAAAGGUACGACCACGGACGCCAGCCACAACAGGAGGUUGGACAGAGUCAUACCUAAGGGCCCAAAUCAGGGAGAAAGAAUUAGACCUCUCCAACAAGUCCCUGAAGGAGAUACCACAAGCCGUCUUCCUUAUCGAGGAACUAGAAAUCCUGGACGUGUCAGACAACCCUGUGGGCUCGAUACCGGUGAACAUCGCGAGUCUGGCUAACCUGAAGGAGAUGAGAGUGGCCGGUUGUCCCAUCACAGAGGUCAGCGGUACCAUCAAAGAGUGCAAGUAUCUGAGCAAAGUUGACUUUUCAAGAAAUCCGCUGAUGGCCACAGUAACUCUUCCAGCAACAAUGAUGCGGCUGAGGUACCUUGAAUACGUUUCUUUGUGCAGUUGUAGCCUCUCGUCUCUCCCCGACAAUCUUACUCUCCUGCCCACAGUUGAAACCAUUGAUCUGUCCAAAAACGCGCUGUCCACACUACCGGCUGACAUGUCGGGACUGAAGCGGCUGAAAGUCCUGAUCCUCACCGAUAACGCCUUUGAAAGCAUUCCCGAUUCCAUCAUGUCACUCGGCCGUCUUGACUGCUUGGAGAUGAAACGCAAUAAACUCAACAACCGACGCGGAGACCUGUGGCUGAAUGUUCCUCCGAAGCUGAAGAUCUUGGAUAUGGAGGACAACUGCUCCUUGUUCCUGUUGCCAGACGGAUUGGAACAGCUGGAAUAUAUUGAGGAACUCAAUCUCAGCUACUGUGGCAUCGAGACACUACCCGAGUCUCUUGGCAACACUCCGGCACUACAAGUUCCAGACCACAAAAUUGUCAGAGAAGGUGUAGUCUCCGUACGGACCGACCUGUUGGCAGAGGAUUGCUUCAACCACGUGACCGUCACCAUAGCAACGGAGGUUAUUGACGACACAAUCAUUGAAAGUCUGUCAGACGACAUUGUCACUAUCGUUGAAGGGGGGUUACCCGAUGAUCUGAUGAUGUGCAUGGCAGACGUUGCGGUCUCAGAAGAAGAAUUCACUGGAGACAUUUUCAAGUCCAUCGUGUUGGAGUUUGUGAGGGAAGUCAGCAAGGAAACCGUCGAGGAAGAAAACGCCAUCAUAGAUGCAAAGGCACGCCCGGUGAUGGAAGAGCUUGUGGAGGAAAUCAUCACUGCAACAGCGAAGUCAGUCGUCCUGGAACAGGAGGAAGAGUGGCGCCUGGGGCAAACUGUUCCAGAAGAAUACGACAAGCCGAUCAGCUAUGAGAUAUCAACAGGUAGAAGCACGGUGCAGUCCUUUGACCUUCCUGCUGGCUGUAACUUGAGCAUUCCUCCCGGAGCUACAGACGAGGAUACAUCUGUUAUCACGCUAGUCCUAAACCCGCACGGGUACGACGGAACCAUCCAACUGGGAGACGACCAGCUUCUAGUCAGCGACAUCAUCGAGAUGAGACCGGCGGGGAUGACGUUCUCAGACCCCGUCAAACUCAGAAUCCCCCACUCCUUACCCAAGUACGACAGCGAGAGGGAGUACUUUGUGAUGACUUCAGAGGAUGACGGAAUGACGUGGGUAGAUCUGGAAACACAGUGCGAACACGAGCAAGUGACCCCAGUCGACAGAGACACCGUAGCGUGUGCUGGGAUGGAGGAUUCCAUAGACAACAUGAGUCACAUCGUCAACUUCUUCAAAGGCAGUAACCUGUUGUUGAACAGCCCUGCCACCAUCGUCCUGCCGCUGUCGCCUGGUGAAGAAGACAGUCGAGUCCGCGUCCUCAGCUGUAAUGAAGACGGAGAUUGGGAAGAUGUCACCAGUAAAGUGGAGGAUGUCGUCCUUCGUGGUUCAAAAGUGGCUUUUAAGACAGACCGGCUCAGUUCUGGGCAAGUACACAUGCACUACUGA